GUCAACAGUAAGGCUUCGGCGAAAGAUUCAAGUGGCACUGACGCGCUUAUUUAUUAAGGGUCCUAUUUUUGAAGAAAAAGAAGGAGCCAUGCUGCAGAACUCAGAAUCACGCUUCUGAGAAGACUUUUUAAAAACAUUUUUAUUUGCUAAACAAUCAGCGUGGAGACAAAGACACACCUGCAAUGAGUCAAAAAUCUCUUAAUUCGGAAAUGAAAAUGGAGAGCAGAAGCAGCCGCAUUGGAAACAGAGACAGGCUUGGACUGAGCUUUACUAUUGAUUACCUUCUGUUCAAUGGAGGGGUCAAAGGUUCUACAGUAGAAGUGACAGGAAGUAGUGCGGCAGAACAGACAGAAAAGGACACGCUAAACCAUCAGGAUCCUAAACGCGAAGAGGUGGAGAUUCAUUGUCAGACAUCAGGGAAGCAAUCCAAGAAGUCAGAGGCGGGCGAUGACAAAAGUAAUACCCAAGAAGAGGAGUGUGAUGAAGAACAACAAGAGGAGGGGGAGGAGGAAGUGACCACCACCACAACCUGUACGAACUCUGAUUCAGAGAAAUCCGAGGACAAACCCAACCAGUCAUACAUCGCACUCAUCUCCAAGGCGAUCCUGGCGUCUGAGGUGAAGAAACUGCUGCUGUGUGACAUCUACCAGUGGAUCAUGGACCACUACCCUUACUUCAAGAGUAAGGAUAAAAACUGGAGGAACAGCGUGCGCCACAACUUGUCCCUCAAUGACUGCUUCAUCAAAGCGGGUCGAAGCGACAACGGUAAAGGCCACUUCUGGGCGAUUCACCCGGCCAACUAUCAGGACUUCUCUAAAGGGGACUACCAUUGUCGGAGGGCACGGAGAAGGGCACGGAGGGUGGCAGGACAGCUCCGCCUGGCCUCCCUGACCUCCCCCUACCACCCUGCAACCACCCUUACACACCGCCCUCACAGGAUGACCUGUUGGUGCUGUCCUCAGGCCCCCACAUUUCCUUUGCCUUGUCUGGCUCCCAGACUCUACUGGCCGUGGUCCAACAUGCAUCCACAAGUCGGUCUUCACCUGGGCCUGAAUGCCUCUGUACCCUGA